UCGAGAAGUUUCUAGAAACAAAACACCUCGAAAACCAAAUCCCUCGCCAUUAACCUCAUCGAUCGGGCUCUGCGUCGGCUGAUCUCCGCGUGAGAUGGCGUAUCGGAACGGCCGUGAUCGCGGGGGCCGCGGCGGCGGUCGCGUGGGCCUGGGAGAGGAGAGAGGUCACCGAGAACGCCACUUCCGCGGAGGCGGCAGCAGGAAUCAAGGCGGCUACCAGCAUGCUAGAGGGAGAAACGGAGGAGGAGAGAACGGUGGGCGCUACAACCGCCAAGGGCCGAACGCCCUGGAAACGGAUAAGCGGAAUAAGACCGAGGAUCCUCCUGUUGACCCAAAGAUUAGCCCCAGUGAAGGGGUUGAAGUCAAACUUCUGGUGAACCACUUUACAGUCAAGUUUGAGGAAUCAACUAUGUUUCACUAUGAUAUCAAGCUAGACCAAGAUUCUCCAGGGGCUUCAGGCACGGGGCUACCCAAUGCAGAUAAUUUUGCAAAGGCUGAACUCGUCAAGGUACUGCAGCGGCCUCCACAUUCAUUGACUGUUGCUUAUAAUGGCAUGGGACGUCUGUUCACCUUUGCCGAACUGCCAGAAGGUCCAUUCACUGUGAAAGUUGGGUCACGGGCCUACAGUGCGUUUGCAAAGCUCGAGAACAAGGUGUCAUUGAGCGAACUCUCUGAGCGGCCUGUGCCUGAAUAUUUAUCGCAGGGUCUUGAUUGCAUUGUUCGCGAGGCCUCUAGCUUGGGAAAGAUUAUCGUUGGUCAGACGUUCUAUUCACCGGAAGAGGUGCCUGGGAACGAAGCAGACCCUAACACUGACCAACCAAGUGCUGUUCCUCCCGUUGCUCUGAGAGGAACCAAGCAGACCCUAAAACACACCAACCAAGGGCCGAUCCUCUGUGUGGACUAUUCAUUUAUGGACUUCUGCAAAAUGGGAGGCAGUGUUCGGAGCCUUGUUAAGCACUUGGUGAAACGCCUUGACGGCACGAUCCUUGACAUCCAUACAACUCUAGGCGAGAAACAGUUGGUGCAUUUGGAACGUCAUCUCAAGGGCCUCUACGUUACCCUGAAUUACCAGAAAUCCCCUGAAGGAAAAAGUGAUGGGACCACAGCUCGGAAGUACAAGGUUCACGGCCUGACAAAGCAGCUUGCCCACCAGAUCACCUUUCCGGAUUUCAAAUCAGGGGACCAGCGGAAGCUUCUUGAGUAUUAUCGUCAGCAGUAUGGGAAGGUGAUUGAGUAUAAGAUGCUUCCAUGCUUGAGUUUGAGCAAGAAUAGUAACAGACCAAAUUCUGUUCCAAUUGAGCUUUGUAGUCUUCAUGAAUGGCAGAGGUAUCCCAAAGAAAGUUCGCGCGAGAAUUCCAACCAGCAACCAAACAACAGGCCACCCAAAUUAUCUGAGCGGAAAAAGGAGAUUCUGCGCAUGGUAAAAGAUGUAGAUGGGCCUUGCAGAGGUCUGGGAGGUGAGCAAUUUAAGAUUUCAUUGGGCGAACAGAUGACAGAAGUCAUGGGUAGGAUCCUUCCUCCCCCAAUGUUAAAACUUAGGGGAUUUAAUGGCAAUUCCUACAGAUUAAGUAUCGAUCGUCAGCGUCAGCCUAAGUGCCAGUGGAACAUCACGAGGAAGAAAGUGGCAGAUGGAAUUAACCUCCAGUACUGGGGCAUUCUCGACUUCAGUGCAAGGCGGUCUCUGUCUCGCCGCUGGGAGGAAGCGCUUCACAGAAGAAGGUUUGUUCGUGACAUCUUCUUCAAGUGCAAUGAGCUUGGCAUUCGGAUGGCCGAGAAGCCAUGCUACGACGAGGAAUCAAAAAUGUCAGUGCUAUCGGAUGCAGGCGAAUUAUACAAGGUGCUCAGCGCAGCAAAGCUGUCUGUAGAAGAGAAUAAGCAGAAGCUGCAGCUCCUCUUCUGCCCGAUGUCUGAGCAGCAUCCGGGGUACAAGACACUGAAGCAGAUCUGCGAGACGAAGCUGGGGAUCCAGACUCAGUGUUUGUUGAGCGAAGCCGCGAAUAAAGACAACGUCCGGGACCGGGACCAGUACAUGUCCAACCUUGCUCUCAAGAUCAACAGCAAGCUCGGGGGCAGCAAUGUCCAGCUACUAUCUGACGGGCUUCCAAAGAUGGCUGGCAGCCAUUUCAUGUUCAUCGGCGCGGACGUGAACCAUCCAUCUCCCAACGACAACUUGAGUCACUCGAUAGCAGCUGUGGUCGCGUCCAUGGAUUGCCCUGGCGCCAGCAAGUACGUGCCUAGAAUCCGUGCCCAGAAGAACCGCUGUGAGGAGAUCGUGGAGCUCGGUCAGAUGUGCAAAGAGCUCAUCCAAGUCUACGAGAAGAAGAACGGUGUCAAGCCACAGAAGAUCAUUUACUUCCGCGAUGGCGUGAGCGAUAAUCAGUUCGAGAUGGUCCUGAAACAGGAGCUGAAGCAGCUGGAGAACAUGCUGAAGGCGCUCAAGGAGGGCUACUCGCCGACAAUCACAGCGAUCGUGGCCAAGAAGCGGCACCACACACGGCUGUUCCCCAAGGACGAAGACCGCAACGUGCUCCCUGGCACGGUGGUCGACACCGAUGUGGUCAACACGGCAGACCAAGACUUCUUCCUGUGCAGCCACGACGGGCUGCACGGGACGAGCCGGCCAACGCACUACCACAGGCUCAAGGACGACCACGGCUUCGAGCCCGUCGACCUGCAGAAGCUGGUGUACAACAUGUGCUUCCUGUUCGCGCGCUGCACCAAGCCGGUGUCGCUCACGACGCCCGUCAAGUACGCCGACCUUGCGGCGUACCGCGGCAGGGACUACUACGACAUUAUGAAGACGGAGUCCCAGCACAGUGAGCUGCUUAAGAAGACGGGUGGAUUCCCGAUCCUUCUGCACGUGGACCUCGAGGACAGAAUGGUCUUCAUCUGAUGACAUGACAGCCUGCUUUUCACCCGGCGUCGUGGAGCGUGGUAAGCUUUGGACAGGACUUUCACCUUCUGCUUCUUGUGUGCGCGUUCUUACUGCAUGAAGUCAAGGCCGUGGGUCUAGCAGCGGUUCUGUUGUUUGUCACCUCUCGUACAGCUUCAUACGUUUUGUAAAUGCACACAAAUUGGCUCUUGCAAACUCGUGAUCUACUGUGGACACUGUUGUGUACAGCUUGUUACUGGAGAUAUUUGCUCGUCACUGGUUACAGUAAA